AUGAAGGUUCCGAGGCCUGGUAUCUUCGAGGAUGCAGAUGUGUGGACAUUUCUGGAGGAGUUCGAGAACGUCACAGAGCUGGCGGGAAUACGGUCGGACCGGGGUAAGUUGACGGACCUUCGAGCGUUUCUCAAAAGCCGGGGUCAGAGGAUGUUGGAUGCGGCGCGAAGAGGCACGGAGGAGAUGGAGUGGGCCGCCGCGAAGGACACCCUAAUUGCCGAUCUCGAUACCCUGGCCGACUGCCUGAAGGAGUUGCGGAGCUUUCAGACGGCGCAGCUCGGAGUUGGCGUGGACGCUCUGUCGCGCGCCGUGGCCCUGCAUGCCCUGUUGGAUCGAGCGCUGACAACUCUGAACGAUGCUACUCGCUCAGAAUUAUUGCUGGAGCGUUUCGUGCUUAUGUUUAAUGAUGGAAUUAGAGCAUGUUUUAUAGAAGGUAAGGUUGAAGGACCAUCAUUCAAUCACGUUACUGUUUGCGCCGACGCAUCAUAUAUACUCACUCGGAUCUCAUGUUCUCCCGGUGUACCAUUGGUCAAGCUUCCUAAACGGUGA